AUGGCGCUUCACUUGACUCAGUCUAAGCGACUGCAGAUUGUGAUAUUCAUUUCUCUAUCCUUCUUUAUAACGGAAAUAUCUAUUGGGUUCUACACGAGUUCUCUUGCCCUUGUCGCCGACGCCUUCCACUAUUUAAAUGAUCUCAUUGGAUUUGUUGUUGCAUUUGCCGCUUUGAAGAUUUCCGCCAAGAAGGACUCACCUCAAGACCUGUCCUUUGGCUGGCAAAGGUCCCGACUUCUCGGUGCAUUCUUCAACGGUGUCUUCCUUCUCGCGUUAGGUGUUAGUAUAUUCUUACAAUCUAUAGAGCGAUUUGUUUCUGUGCAGGUUGUGGAACAACCUAAGCUUGUGCUUAUCGUCGGGUGCAUUGGCCUUGGUCUUAAUAUUAUCAGCGCCUCCUUCCUUCACGAACACGAUCAUUCACACGGUGGGACUCUAGAGGGUACAGGGAGCGUGGAAAGUGGAACAGAGGAGGCACCUGCCUUGCACGACAACCAUCGUCACAACGAUCUUCGACUAUCCAAAAAGGGAUAUGAUUUGGGCAUGUUAGGAGUUCUGAUCCACGUCGUGGGUGAUGCAGCCAACAACGUUGGUGUCAUCAUCUCGGCCUUGGUGAUCUGGCUUACUUCGUCUCGAGCUCGCUACUAUGCAGAUCCUGCUGUCAGCAUGGCUAUUGCCAUAAUAAUCCUCACAACAUCACUUCCACUAGUGAGGAACUCGGGCAGAAUCCUUCUUGAAAGCGCCCCGACUGGUAUCAACCUUGACGACAUAAGACAUGAUCUUGAAUUGAUCCCGGGUGUUCGAUCCAUCCAUGAGCUACAUGUUUGGCGCCUGAACCAGGAGAAGGCAUUAGGAUCAGUCCACGUCGCCAUUGUGAACGAGACUGUCUCCGAAUUCGUGAAGAUUGCAAAGAUCAUGAAUGAUUGCUUCCACAGUUAUGGUAUCCAUUCGGCUACCGUACAACCUGAGCUUGGCUCCCCUCUCAUUUCGGCAGAAGCGAUGGGUACUAUCUACCAGGAUAACUCGUCGCCGCUAUGCCAAGUCAAGUGUGGAACCUCUUCGUGUGAGAUCUUGACCUGCUGUGGCUAG